AUGGCUCUCCGUGAACCUUCAAUAAAGAUUUAUAGGGUGCUGCCCAGAGCCUCUACUCUCUUAUCUAACCACCUGAUCCCGUCGUGCCGUCGCAAUGCCUCGUCCGCAUCGGCCGUUCUUCCCGAAACGAUCACGGAUGAUCUCGACACAUCUUCGACCUUCUCCCAACCAUCUGCUCUGCCAGAGGACGAGAUCAAAGCGUUCGAUCCAGUAGCCAGAAGCAAAGCGCGGAAAAAGCAACUACCCCCCAGCCGCUAUCAAUUUCGCCCUCCAAAAUUCGACCGUGGCCCCCUCCACCCCCAUCGCCCACCACCAGCCUGGGACCCCGCAUCCCGCCAAUUCAUCCCAGGCCCCUUCACCCUCCCCCGAGUCGAGCAAACCUACGAAUCCACCAUAUCUCACGACAUUCUUACCCUCUGUUAUGUGCACAAUCCACCCGGAUUCAAAGCACCCCCUCCCCCCUCCCGACUUCGAGGCUGGGACGACAGCUCCCCAUACCACGCAAACCGGCCCCUCCGUGGCCCCCGAGGCGGCGACGUUCUCCGUCUCCUCCGCAAACCCAUAACGUUCCGAAAUAUUCCCAAGCUAGACAAGAUCACGCUGCACAGCUAUGUGAAGCAGGUUGUCGAAAACGGGUCGGCGCCGCUGCAUGUGGCUGGCAUGGCGAUACAGGCUAUAUCCAAUGUGCGCGUGCAGACACAUAAGAUGAAGGGGAGCGUUGCGAAGUGGGGAAUUGUUCCCGGUAAAUCGCACAUUGCCGUUACGGCUGAGCUGAGGGGUGAAGAUAUGUAUCAUUUCUUCGGGAAGUUGGUUGAUGUGGUGCUACCUAGAAUUAAGGAUUGGAAAGGCAUCAAGGGGAGCAGUGGUGAUAGCAGUGGGAAUAUCUCAUUUGGUCUUGAGCCGCAUAUGUUGUCUUUGUUCCCUGAGAUUGAGGUUAAUUAUGAUAUGUACCCACCAGCCAUGAUGCCCGGCUGCAACAUAACAAUCCACACGACCGCGACAACAGACCGUGAUGCCCGACUCCUCCUGAACGCAAUGGGCAUUCCAUUUCAUGGGAAAUACAUAAAUUAG